AUGGGAACAAGGACGGGGAAGGCAGGAAGCGUAAUGCUUAUGGAAAAAUUCAAAUUGACUUGGGCAAUCCUUGCGAUAGCUGUCUGCGAAGCGUUAGCUCACCCCAAUACUGCCAGAGAUGCUAGCAUGGUGCUGGAUUCUCCAAACUUUCCUGCUCCGGCCCUCGAGGGAACGGCUGCUCCGGGGAAACGGGCGUUAGAAAGUCUCAAGUGCGAUUUUUCGCAUGGACUCGCCUACAUUGAGCCAACUGCCGUAAACAUCGAUCAUUUGCGCGACGAGAAGGAUGCACACUGCCUGGCCCAAGCAGGGAAGUGUGCCCGUCUAUCCUAUCUUAACGAUUCAUCGAUAUGGUUCUGUAAUUAUAAUCUCAAUCACAUUUCUACAAAAUGUGAAAAUCUUAUAGAGCCUGCCCAGACUGUGUACCAAAGUUGUCGAAUCGCAUCUCGAUAUACGUACGGCUACCUUCGCAGCAAAAUCUGGAAUGGUACUGAAUCCGAGGCGGAUUACUACUUGUUACUUGGCCCGGAAUUACUCUCAUAA